AUGAAGGGCCUCAUUCUCGUUGGCGGCUUCGGCACUCGCCUCCGCCCCCUGACCCUCACGCUGCCCAAGCCGCUCGUCGAGUUUGGCAACAAGCCCAUGAUUGUGCACCAGAUCGAGGCUCUGGUGGCUGCAGGCGUGACCGACAUUGUCCUGGCCGUCAACUACCGGCCCGAGGUGAUGGAGAAGUUUCUGAAAGAUUACGAGGAGAAGUACAACAUCAACAUCGAGUUCUCGGUCGAGUCAGAGCCCCUCGACACGGCAGGCCCCCUGAAGCUGGCGGAAAAGAUCCUGCUCAAGGACGACUCGCCCUUUUUCGUGCUCAACUCGGACGUCAUCUGCGACUACCCCUUCGCCGAGCUGUUGCAGUACCACAAGGCCCACGGCGACGAGGGCACCAUUGUCGUGACCAAGGUAGAGGAGCCGAGCAAGUACGGCGUCGUGGUGCACCAGCCCAACCACCCGUCGCGCAUCGACCGGUUCGUCGAGAAGCCCGUCGAGUUUGUCGGCAACCGCAUCAACGCCGGCAUGUACAUCUUCAACACGUCGGUGCUGCGCCGCAUCGAGCUGCGCCCCACGUCCAUCGAGAAGGAGACGUUCCCCAGCAUGGUCCGCGACAACCAGCUCCACUCGUUUGACCUCGACGGCUUCUGGAUGGACGUCGGCCAGCCCAAGGACUUCCUGAGCGGCACCUGCCUGUACCUGUCGUCCCUGACGAAGCGCGCCAGCAAGGAGCUGACGCCGCCCACGGAGCCCUACGUCCACGGCGGCAACGUCAUGAUCGACUCCACGGCCCGCAUCGGCAACAACUGCCGCAUCGGUCCCAACGUCGUCAUCGGCCCGGGCGUCGUCGUCGGCGACGGCGUCCGCCUGCAACGCUGCGUCCUGCUGCGCGGCUCCAAGGUCAAGGACCACGCCUGGGUGAAGUCCACCAUUGUCGGCUGGAACAGCUCCGUCGGCCGCUGGGCCCGCCUCGAGAACGUCACCGUCCUGGGAGACGACGUGACCAUUGGCGACGAGAUUUAUGUCAACGGCGGCAGCGUCCUGCCGCACAAGUCCAUCAAGGCCAACGUGGACGUGCCGGCCAUCAUCAUGUAG